AUGGCUGACACGGUAAUGGCAGAUGCACCACCGGCCGAGUCCUCCACUCCCUUCUCAUUACGCACUCGUUUCAAGAUCUCGGACCUACCCCUAGUCAAAGAACAACGAUCCACUAUUGAUGCGCUUCUCCUCAAGUUCAAGAAGAAAGGCGGCUACGACAGCCUUCGGAAACAGGUGUGGGCUUCCUACAACACGUCCGAUGCGAAAACCGCCCUUGCGGAUCAAAUUCACGCCAUUGCAGAGGCAGAGAUUGAAAAAGAUCCAAAUUUACUCAGUCGGGAACGGGGCAAGGCAGCAACCUUGAUCCAAGGCGCCGUAGACCGGAGCGGCAUAUACCAGGAUGUUGAGUCAAGAAUUGACCAGGAAAUUGCGAGGCAUUUGAACACAGUGCUGGAUGCUGUGCGCGACAUCCGCAAGGAAGAUGUCGGGCCCGAAGUCGCAGCUGAAGAGGAGCAGCGAGGCAGCAAGUCUGAUGAACAAUACACGGAGGAGACUCAAAAUCGAGCUGCUGAAAGAGAGAGGAACCGGGCUCGCAUGGAGCAAUUACUACGUGAGACGGCGGAGUUGAAGGCCAAGAUCAAGCAGGAAGAGGAACGGAAGCGAAAAAAAGAAGAAGCCAAACGGGAAGAAGAGGAGAAGAAGAAACGUGAAGCAGAGGCAGAAGAGAGAAGGAUCGAGCGCGAAAAGAGACGAAAGGAGGAAGAGGAGCGUGAAGCCGAAAGAAUCAAGGCUAGAGAUGAGAGACACAGAAAGCGUGAAGAAGAGAGGCGCGAACGAAAUGCUAGAUACGACAAGGAGCGGGACAGGGAACGAGACCGCGACCGCGAAAAAGAUCGUGAGCAUGAACGAACAAGCCGAAAGAGCACUGAUCGGCGAGAUUCGAUUGCAGGAUCAUCGACCGCCAAGGACGUGCAAACGGACGAGAAGGAUUUAGAGGCCACCGCCCUCGAACUCCUCCUGAGUGAGGGCAAAAAGAUGGCAGAAAAGUCCAAGCAGAGGCACGAAUACAAUUUCGACAAGUCCGAAGCACACGAUAGCUCGCGGAAACAUGUCACAUCGGACCGACAUUCCCGGAGAAGAGAAAGAUCUCGAGAGAGUUACAAACGUGAGCCUGACCGUCGAAGCAGAUCCCGCGACAGAAAGUCGUCAAUCCAAGAGAAAGAUAAGCCUGAAGUACCUCGCCGCCGAAGUCCAAGCAAAGAUCGUGAGGAAGGCGAAGCCCGAAGCCAGCGCAAUUCACCGCCACCUGAUCCGGAGAAACGAUCGGUUCGAGAAAGAAGACCUCGCUCAGCAUCACCGUUAGGUAUUGACCGCUAUGUACCUGGAGGUGGUGUCCAUCGUACCGAGGAAGAGCGAGAACGUGAUCGACAAAGACGUCAAACCCGAGAUCAGGAUAGAGAUCGUGAUCGAGAACCGAGGAGAAAGUACGACAGUCACCGCAGUGAUAAAGAUCGAGACAGGGAUGGAGACCGUGACCGCGAGCGUGAGCCCGAGCGCGAUCGCGAAGGCGGCGAUCGCGACCGACAGCAUGAUCGGAGAGAUCGGGACCGCGAGCCUGACCGUGAACGCGACCGGAACCGGUCAAAGGAAAGAGAUAGGGACAGAGACAGGGACCGAGAUCGGGCCCGAGACCGAGACCGAGACCGCGAGCGUGAACGUGACCGUGACCGUAAUCGUGAGCGAGAUAGGUCACGAGAUAGGUAUCGAGAGCGAGAUCGGGAGCCCGACCGAGACACCGACCGAACUCGCGACCGAGACAGAGAGAGGGACAGAGAGCGCGACCGAGAGCGAGACCGCGAUCGCGAGAGGGAUCGAGAUCGUGAGCGGGACCGAGACCGAGACCGUGAUCGAGACAGGGAUAGGGAGAGGGAGAGGGAGAGAGACCGCUCGAGAGACCGGGACAGACGAGAUCGAAGUCGGCGCCGUGAUGAUCGAAGAGAUGAUCGACGAGAUGACCGCCGAGAUGAUAGAAAAGAUGACCGUCGGGACGACCGUCGCGAUGACCGACGCGACGACAGAAGACGCGAAAGAGACAGAAGUGAUGUCCGCCGAGACCGCGACCCUGUGCCGAUCGACCGAUAUGUCCCAGGUCGGUGA